UGAAAUAAAAAUAAAUAAAUAAAUUGACCAUCCUAUUAACACAGAGGUGUAUGUGGUUUUAUACAUAUUGUUUCAGGUCUGCAGGUGAAGGUGACUCCUGCUGCAGAGGGACAGAAGACACUGACCUGUAUCACCACCUGUACUCUGACUGACAACCCCACCUACAUCUGGUACAAGAACGGACAACAUCUAGAUGAGAGAACCUCCCCCCAGUACAAAGACCCAGUCUCCGAUGACUAUGGAGACAGUUACUCCUGUGCUGUAAAAGGCCAUGAGAAUCUCCACUCUCCUGCAGUGUGUGUUGUGGGUGAGAGCUGUAUGAAUGUGACUUACACCCAUCAGAGUAUCUGUGCUUUGAAAGGGUCAACAGUGGACAUAUCAUGCUUUUACACACAUCCCAGUUGGCAUAACGUCACAGAAGUGUCCUGGUUCAGCAAAUGGGAGUCUGGUGUCACUACAGACCUGAGCCUGAACCCAGAGUAUGCAGAUCGUGUGGAAUACCAUCGACAAACAGAAAAGGACUCCACCCUGAGAAUCACAGACCUGAGAGAAAGUGACUCAACUGAGUACAAGUUCAGAUUUACAACUGAUGAGGCAAGAUGGGGAUACAGCUUCCCUGGAACAACUCUGUCUGUCACAGGUUUUCAGGUGGAGGUGACUCCUAAAUGGAGAUCAGAGUCGAAGACACUGUCCUGUAUCACCACCUGUACUCUGAGUAACCCCAACCCCAUCUACAUCUGGUACAAGAACGGACAACAUCGAGAUGAGAGCACCUCCCCCCAGUACAAAUACUCAGUCUCCAAUGACUAUGGAGACAGUUACUCCUGUGCUGUAAAAGGCCAUGAGGACCUCCACUCUCCUGCAGUGUGUUUUCAGGGUCAGAGCUGCAACAGAGUGACUUACACCAAGAGGAGAAUCUGUGUCUUGAAGGGGUCAACAGUGGACAUAUCCUGUACUUAUGUUAGUUAUUAUUCCACCACAUCAUCAUUCUGGUUUAGAAGUGAUAAGUCGACCCCUGAAGACCUAACCACAGACCCAGGGUAUGCAGGUCGUGUGGAGUACCCUGGAACAUACAGAGGUCCCUCCUCCCUGAGAAUCACAGAUCUGAGAGAGGAGGACUCAGCUGAGUAUCGCUUCACUUUUAAAACAGACAACUUUGAAUGGGGUCAUAGUUUCCCAGGAACAACUCUGUCUGUCACAGGUCUGCAGGUGAAGGUGACUCCUGCUGCAGAGGGACAGAAGACACUGACCUGUAUCACCACCUGUACUCUGACUGACAACCCCACCUACAUCUGGUACAAGAACGGACAACGUCUAGAUGAGCCCACUUCCCAACAAUACUCUAGUAAUACCCUAGUAGUGUUGGGUCAUUCUGUGGACAGUUACUCCUGUACUGUAGAACACCAUGAGGACCUCCACUCUCCUGCAGUGUAUGCUCCAAAGAACACCUCAGUGUCAGUCAGUCCCUCUGGUGAAAUAGUGGAGGGCAGUUCAGUGACUCUGACCUGCAGCAGUGAUGCCAACCCACCUGUGGACAAAUACACCUGGUACAAGAAGAACGUAUUCUCACCAAAAGCAUCAGGACAGAGUUACAACAUCACUAACAUCAACUCUGACGACAGAGGAGAAUAUUACUGUGAGGCCCAGAAUGGAAGAGGAUCUAAUAACUCUACAGCUCUGAUGAUCAUUGUAGCAGGGAAACAAACCUCAGUUCUGACUGCAGCUGUAGGAAUCAUAGUGGUUGUUCUGGUUGUCAUCCUCUGUCUCUCUGGACUCAUGUGGUUCAGGAAGAAGGCCUCCAAACCCACCAACACAAGAGACACAGCAGACGUUGGACAGGGAGACUCUAGUCCAGUGUAUGACAAUGUCUCAAGCAUGUCCACAGCCCCUACUGCAGCACAGGCAGCAGCCACAGACAACCAGGAUGAUGUUCACUACGCCAGCGUCCACUUCUCUCGUCCCAUAAACCAGGAAGUUCCUCUGUACUCCACCGUCCAAGUGCCUCAACCCCAGAAAGAGGAUGAGGAUGUCCACUACGCUGCUGUGAAAUUCAACCUCCCCAGUGCUGCCACCCAACCCGCAGCAGCACAAGCAGCUGAAGAGGACUCCUCUGUUCUCUACAGUACAGUCAACAAACCCUGAACUAAGAAGACCCAAACACAACAAACCCAGAACCAAGAAGAGCUGAACACAACAAACCCAGAACCAAGAAGACCUGAACACAACAAACCCAGAACCAAGAAGCCCUGAACACAACAAACCCAGAACCAAGAAGACCCGAAAUCAACAAACCCAGAACCAAGAAGACCUGAACACUACAAACCCAGAACGAAGAAGACCCGAACACAACAAACCCAGUACCAAGAAGACCUGAACACAACAAACCCAGAACCAAGAAGACCCGAACACAACAAAUCCAGAACCAAGAAGACCUGAACACAACAAACCCAGAACCAAGAAGACCUGAACACAACAAACCCAGAACCAAGAAUUCCUAAACACAACAAACGCAAAACCAAGAAGACCUGAACAGAACAAACCCAGAACCAAGAAGACCUGAACACAACAAUCCCAGAACCAAGAAGACCUGAACACAACAAUCCCAGAACCAAGAAGACAUUUACCAAGAUUAACAUUUGUAUUUACUGGUCUAAGGACAUUGGUAACCAGUUUAAAAUAAGGCACCUCUAUGUUUGUGGUACGUGUGGGUUGUGGUACGUGGCCAAUAUACCAUGGCUAAGGGCUGCAUCCAAGCACUCCGAGUUGCAUUGCGCAUAAGAACAGCCCUUAGCGGUAGUAUAUUGGCCAUAUACCACACCUCCUCAGGCCUUAUUGCUUAACUUCAUAAUGGUAACAAGGCACUUCAGGGGUUUGUGGUAUGUGACCAACAUACUGUUCCACGGCUUAUUUUAAACUGGUUAACAACAUAAAUAGAACAGUAAACAAGCCUUUUUACGUCAUACCCGUGGUAUAUUGUCUGAUAUACAGUAUAGACUUCUGAAAUGCUGUUUCAGCCAAUCAGCAUCCAGGGCCAAAACUACCCAGUUUAUAACAGUAUUUAAUAAUAUAUGCCAUUCUAUUUAAGAAUGAUGGAGGCCACUGUGUUCUUGGACCUUCAAAAAUACAGAAAUGUUUUGGUACCCUUCCCCAGAUCUGUGCCUCAUCACAAUCCUGUCUCAGAGUUCUAGAGACAAAUCCUUCGACCUUAAUGAUUUUUGCUCUGACAUGCACUGUCAACUGUGGGACCUUAUAGACAGGCGUGUGCCUUUCCAAAUCAUGUCCAAUUGAUUGAAUUUACUACAGGUGGACUCCAAUCAAGUUGUAGAAACAUCUCUAGGAUGAUUAAUAGAAACAGGAUGCAGCUGAGUUGCAUUUUGAGUCUCAAAGCAAAAGGUCUGAAUACUUAUCUAAAUAAGAUUUCUGUUUUUUAGUUUUAAAAUAUUUGCAAACCUUUCUAAAAACCUGUUUUUGUUUUGUCAUUAUGGGGAUAGUGUGGUAUAUUUUUAUUUAAUCUAUUUUAGAAUAAGGCUGUAACGUAACAAAAUGUGAAAAAAGUCAAAGGGUCUGAAUACUUUCCCAAUGCAUUGAAUAUAAUUAUAUAUUUAUUUAUGUUAUGUUUCUGAAACAAUCAUCAAACUUGUGAGACUUUUGCCUCAACGUCCAGGAAAGAGUUCUGAUUGAUGCAACGUUUCUUAUUGCUUUUAUCAAAUCUUUU